AUGCGGUUCUCCGAGAGGGCUCCGUGUACCGUGUACCGGCCUCCGCCGCCGCGCUUCUACCGCGACGAAACGCCGCCCUUCGACUACCGAGACGGCUACCGGGACGGGUACGACGGCCCUCCUCCCUAUGAGUACCCUGAGGACCUCGAGGACCCCGUCGUACGAUGA